GACAUUAUGAGAAAGAUUGCUUGCUCGAGUUGGGUGUGGAAACCAUAAAAAUGUUGGGAGCAAAAUUUUUCUCUAUACUCAUUACAGCUUUGCAAGUUAGGGGUGACUGCGCUACUGGAAAAUGUGAAAGGAUCCCACUAAAUGUGUACGAAGAUGGCGAUCAAGACAAAGAGCUUGUUGGCCAUGUUUUCCACACUUCUGUCACUUCAAGCCUAGUUCGGUGCUACUCGCAGUGCACCAACAACUGCCGAUGUUUGUCGAUAAACUACAAAGUCAAGGACGACAUCAAAUACUGCGAGUUGAACGAAGGCAGCCAUCUUAUUCACAAUAACUCUCAGAUAAGAACCUCAGGAUCCAUUUAUUACAUACUGCGAAGGGAAUACUUCUUUAAGAAGACUCCCAAUCACAUCGUUCCAUGUGGAGAUGACGUCACAUGUACCAAUCGCUGUUGCAAGAACAACCCGUGCCUCAAUGGAGGAACCUGCACUGAGAUCUGUGAGCCCACAAGCGUCCGAUUCAACUGCUCCUGCCCUGUACCGUUUGUUGGAAAACGCUGCGAGACUCAGUUGAGAAGAAGCUGUCAGGAUUACAAAGCAGCCGGGUCCACUGCCUCUGGAUUGUAUACACUUAACGACGACAAAAGUCAAAUCUUCCAGGUGUUCUGCGAUUUUGAUUCAGAGCCCGGGUUCGCAUGGAACCUGAUUGAGUCGUUUAGUUUAUCCAACGUUAACAACAGUGAUCUUUUUGAGUCUGCAGUCUACAAUCUACAGAAAACUGUGUUUUAUGAUGAUUACCAAGCCAUCAAUGGUGAUAAACCAAAUAACUGGCUGGCCUACCUCAUCAAACGACCCUACCUCCUUUGGCUCAGAAAUCAGUCGACUCACUGGAGAGCUACUUGUCGAUACAACACAGAUGGCACCGUCUAUACAGAUUACCUGAGAGCCUCGCUUGAAGACUUUGACAUCAUCAGAGACGUACCCACGAAUAAAAGUGCUUGUCGGCCAUACGAAUAUGUCAACAUCCGGGGAAAUGAGUGUGUAAAUUGCACUGCGGAUACAUGGUAUGAAAAAGGGAAUUUUCAUCUGCAUAUCGACAGUUCUUUACAGAGAGGCUGUGAAUUCAAUGGAAACGGAGCCAAAUCAGACGAGGACAACUUUGGUUUUUAUUAUGUUGUGAAUAACAAAUUUCGUUGUACUUCAAGCUCCAAUGCAACCACUCAGUUCUGGAUCGGAGGCAAUUAAAAGAUUGAAAGAUCACUAUGGCAGACAUUAAAAGAAAACGCCUCAAAAAAUUGUAAUUAGGUGAUCAGUAUUCCUGAAAUUUCAGUUCAUGUUCUAUUUCCUUUUACAAAACGGGGAUAACAUAUGAUGAGAGCAAAUUUCAUUCUAACCCGUAUAAUUCUUAGUUUCACUGCUUAUUCUUUCUUCUGAUAUUAUCUGGAAAUCACUAAAUGAUCCAACUGGUGAAGUCGUUAGUUGAUGUAAAAUGUGUUCAGGAAAACCAUAAGGCAAUAUUGAUAUAUUCUGUAAGUAAUACAUUAUGGUAAUUAAUUCGGCAGAAAUCGUGACUAAAAUACGUGUACCUUUCGAAUGGUAAAUUUGCCACUUUUUUCUGGUACCUUUAGUUUAACUAUGUGUCUAAGAUUUAUUUAAAAUCGUUAGAACAACGACACAAACUGCUGCGGACUUUAGCUCCAAAGAAAUUCCGUUCGCGCCAAGAUCAGCCAAUAUGACCCUAUAUGCGAGGGGAAACUCCGGCUUUAAAUGAGAUGGAGAUGCUUGUCGGAGAUUUCAACCCCGGCAUGUAUUUUGACUCGGUCAUUAUACUUCUAAAAUAAAAUCUCUAUGAAUAAAUGUCUCUGAGGAUACCUUAAGCUCGGCGGUUACAUAUAUGGUAUAUCCUAAACGUACACAGGACAUAAGGUUAGCCGUUAUCUGCACCACAAGAUGAGUAACCUUGUAAGUUUUGGUGGGAAAGUCCACAGCCAGAGGAGUUUAAGUUCUGUUUUAUCUUAAACAUGAUGUUUUUGCACCAUAGUUCUUUUUCCCAAGUAAAAAACUGAACCAUUUACAAACAUUUUUAAUUCUGAACUGCAAAGCACAAUUGGUAAACUAUCGCUUCAUUAACUUCUGUUGAAAUCUCUAUUUGUCUAUUAUUUGUAGCAUGAUACAACAAUUACUGAAGAGUGUCAGUGAACUUCAUUGAAAAGCAAUGUACCUUGUAAAGGAAAAAGUUAAAAUGUGUGCCUCUCUUUAUUCGCUAAAUAAUUGUCAAUCAUCAUAUACUGUAUACAUCAUAUGAAUUAUUGCUGAAUUCAUCAUUAGCUGUCAUAAUAAAUAAAGCAUUGAAAUAUUCAA